CCCGCACCACUCACGUCUGCCAAGCCCCUCUUCCCCCGACUUUUCUUUCUACGCAUCGAAAACUCGCCGCUUGAACGCACGCACAUCCUUCCACCUCCCUCCCCUCCCCUUCCUUUCCCUCCCCUUCCCCCUUGACCAUGUCUUCUUCCGACAAGGCUCUCCUUGACGCCACGGCCGCCGAGGCCGGUGCCGCCACCGAGGCCGCUGCUCCCCUCUCCAAGAAGGACAGCAAGAAGCGCAAGUCUUCCUCCUCCUCGGAGGAGGAGCCUUCCUCCAAGCGCUCGAAGUCUGACGGCAGCGAGAAGAAGGACAAGAAGGACAAGAAGGACAAGAAGGACAAGAAGGAUAAGAAGGACAAGAAGUCCUCCGAGGCCGCCGCCGAGGCCGCCACCGAGGAGGUCGAGGAGGUCGAGGAGGUCGAGGAGGCCGAGAAGCCCAACCCUCUGGCCCUGACCAACUUCCGCAUUUCCAAGGAGACCGUGUCCCAGUUCGCCAAGCGCAACAUCACCGCCCUCUUCCCCAUCCAGGCACAGACUUACGACGCCAUCUACGACGGCAAGGAUGUCAUCGGCCAGGCUCGUACCGGCUCCGGCAAGACCAUCUCCUUCGGCCUGCCGCUGAUGGAGCGCCUGUUCGAGCAGCCGCGCUCCGGUCGCGGCCGCGGCCCGGUGUGCAUCAUCAUGGCCCCGACCCGCGAGCUGGCCAAGCAGAUCGACUCGGAGCUCGGGUCGCUGGUGGGCAGCCGGUCGCUGCGCAUGAUGACCGUCUACGGUGGCACGCCGUACGAGCCGCAGGAGCGCAUGCUGAGCCAGGGCGUGGACGUGAUUGCCGGCACCCCGGGGCGCAUUCAGGACCUGCUGGACCGCGGCCGGCUGAGCCUGUCUUCCAUCAAGUAUGUGGUGCUCGAUGAGGCGGAUCGGAUGCUGGAGGUGGGCUUCGCCGAGGCCAUCGACAAGAUCCUCUUUACCCUGUACCACCCGGACGGCCAGGAGUCCGGCAAUGGCGCCGUGCCGGAGGACUUCCCCAACCGCCCGCAGACCAUCAUGUUCUCGGCCACCAUGCCCACCUGGGUCAAGUCCGUGGCCAGCAAGUACCUGCGUCGCGAGCGUGUCCAUGUGAACCUGGUCCACUCGGAUGGCAACCAGACCUCCAACACCAUCGAGCAUCUGGCCAUCCGGUGCCCCUUCUCCGAGCGUGCCUCCACCCUGCGUGACGUCAUCCGCGUCUACUCCGGUCAGCACGGCCGCACCAUUGUCUUCACCAACACCAAGCGCGAGGCCAACGACCUGGCCCUGGACCGUCUGAUCCAGAACGAGUGUGUCGCCCUCCAUGGUGACAUCACCCAGGCCCAGCGCGAGCAGUCGCUCGCUCGCUUCCGCGACGGCAAGAUCAAGUGCCUGAUCGCCACCGACGUGGCCGCCCGCGGUAUCGACAUUCCCGAGGUGGACCUGGUGGUGCAGUGCGACCCGCCCGAGCGCAGCGAGGACUAUGUCCACCGGUCCGGCCGGACUGGCCGCGCCGGCAAGAGCGGCAUUGCCAUUGUUUUCUUCACCCCCCAGCAGGAGUACCUGCUGACCAACAUCGAGCGCCGGAACAAGAUCACCUUCCGUCGGAUUGGUGCCCCCCAGCAGCAGGACAUCGUCAAGGCCGCCACCCGCGACGCUCUGCAGGGUCUGGCCGCCGUGGACCCGGCCGUGCUGCCGCUCUUCCGCGAGACCGUCAGCAAGUACCUGGAGGACCAUUGCCCGGUGGACACCCUGUCGGCCGCCCUGGCUGUCAUUUCCGGCCAGACGACCCAGAUCGAGGAGCGCUCGCUGCUCAGCUCGCAGAGUGGCUUCCGCACCUAUGCCAUGACCUUCAGCGAGCCCAUGCGCACGCCGAGCCUGGCUUGGUCGCUGGUUGAGCGCAACUGGGGCCCGGACUUCCGGCCCUGCGUCCGCAACAUGAAGCUCUCUCGUGACAAGACCCAGGCCCUGUUCGACAUCCCGCUGGACCAGUGCCAGUUCGCCGAGGAGUCCUGGUCCGACGCCCGGACCACCCUCACCGUGUGCACUGAGCUGCCGGAGCUGGAGGACAACAGUGGCUUCGGCGGCGGCGGCCGUGGCGGCUUCGGCGGCGGCGGCCGCGGCGGUGGCUUCGGCGGCGGUCGCGGUGGCGGCUUCGGCGGCGGUCGCGGUGGCGGCUUCGGCGGCGGCCGUGGCGGUGGCUUCGGCGGCGGCCGUGGCGGCGGCUUCGGCGGCGGUCGCGGCGGCGGCCGUGGUGGCGGGCGCUGGUAA